AUGGGUACAAAGCGCUCCUGGGAAGGCCAAGCGGUCGUCAAAAUGGACUCCACGGAGUCCGCGAGUCCGACAAUCUCAAUCUUCGAGAACUUCCGCGACGAACUCGACGAGCACCAUGACCGCCGUGAACGCAUCAUCAAGGCGAGUCGCGACAUUACCGCACUCAGCAAGAAAAUAAUUUUCGCCCUACAGCGCGUCCGCACUACAGGCCAACCCAUCCCACCAAAUAUCACACAAGAGAACGACGCCCGCCUUGAACAGAUCCACAAACACUUUGCCUCCAUCGUCACCGACCUCGUCGGCAUCAAGUCCUGCCGGUACCAGCGCCAAAUCAGCGGCGGUGUCCAAGAGUUCAUCGAAGCAAUCUCGUUCGACCACUACCUCCGAACCGAAACAUUGAUCACCCACGCCGAAGUCGUGGCCCGAUUACCCGGCAUCCUGGUAACAGAGGAGGACUACCUGAUGGGCAUCUUCGAUCUCACAGGUGAAAUGAUGCGAUUUGCCGUGACAGCGCUGAGCUCCGGGAAGGUGACACCCACGGACGCUGCUAAAGCCGGGGUCCUCGUUGAUCUGCGCGCUAUCCGUGCUCGAUGCGAGGCGCUGAGUGUUCCGGGACGACACCGGGCAUUCAUGUAUAAAGAUCUUGCCAAGAAGAAAGAGGUUAUGCAGAAUAGUGUUGAGAAGGUGGAGCGCGCUGCUUACGGGAUUCUGGUGCGAGGGAGUGAGCGGCCGAGUGGAUGGACUCCGGAUUUGUCGGCGCCGGUGGAAGUUGAUACCCAUUGA